AUGUUGGGAAAUCUAGCAGUGAAAGCGUCAGCGCGUACUUUUAUAAAGAUAAGAACGAAGAAAAUAUAUCACUUCAAGUUUCGUACACGUGUAUCAAACAUUCGACAGUUCAAUAGUACUACCAUAAGAUCCUUCGCAAACACGCCAAACGAUUUGCCUAAUAGUAACAGUUCUCCACUGAAACCUGUAAAAGAUAAUAAUAAUAAGUUUCCUUCCAAUUCAAGUACAGCUAAAGAUGCACAACCUUCCUCACCUUCACAAGAAGAGAUUGAAAACGAACAGAUUUCAGAAGAAAAUCAACAAUCUUCUGAUACGGAACAUGUUGCAGAAUAUAUCUUGAGGUCUCCAAGGCGAAAGCGUGCAGCGUCUCGUUCCCGUACUCGUGCAACAAAACCUACUAACCCCUAUAAACCCGUAAUCCCUCAAAUGUUUUUGAGAGAAAAUUAUUUGUCAUAUAAAGAAAAUACCAAUUCUUUUGCAUCAUUGACUUAUCCAUUGGAGGAUGGAAUACGUGAUGAAAUUUUAUAUAGUGCACGUGCAAAUUUAUUACCUAUUCCAAAAUCAGAUGGAGCGCCUCCACGACGUGGUCAUCUAUUAUUAAAUUGUCCGAUUGAAGGCGCAUCACAUUAUUUGGAUUCCGUAGUAAAAAGUGUUGCUACAUCUUUACGUGCUGAUUUACUAACUUUUGAUCGUCAGGAUUUAAUGGAACUUACGGCAAGCAUGUUUUCACGAAAGGGUUUCGAUUCAUCAUCUACAAUUUCCCGUAAUUCUGGUUAUGAAAAUAAAAAUUUAGUUGACAAUUUUCAAUACAAUUCAUCUCAAGCAAACGGAUCAAUACGUACGGAGAUGAAAGUCGUACUUGAAAAAAUCGAUCGAUUCUUUGAAGCUUUAGUUUCGACUUCUCCUCACAUUACACCUUCCGGUUCAACCCCACCAAAGAUCAUUUAUUUUCGAGAUGUAGGUGAUUUGGUUCCAACUACAUUUGGAACUGCAUUAAUCAAUGGUCUUGUUGACGCUGUGCAAAAUCAGCGAUACCUAGGGGAUCAAAUAAUGAUAAUCGCUGGUUAUUCUCCAUCAUUAUUUGCUAUGGAAAAGAAGUCGCCCCCUAACAACAGUGUCCCAUCGCAUGAACUUCAAUGGGUUAGCGUUGAAAUAUUUCCUAAUCCAGCAAUGCUCGCAGCAUUCACACAUAUUGCAAUCCCUCCUCCAUCAUCGCCUAAAUUAACACAACUAUUACAAACCAUGAUUUCAGAGGAUAAAAAUAUUUCCAUAAGACACAUUAAUGUACGUACUUUAAAAGCGGUCUGUGCAAGCAAAGGAGCAUAUUUUAAGAUUAAUAAUAUAAGAGAACUUGGGAAACUUUUAAUGUCAUUGGAAGGGUUGGAUAAUGAAGUUUGGGGAUUUGAACGUAUUCAUAGACUUGUUAUUAACGCGAUUGGUAUAUCUAUUGAAAAUCAAGAGAUUUCAUCUUUAAAUGGACCUAUAUAUUUGGACGUAGAACAUUUUAUCCAAGCAGCACAAACUUUGAAAAUUAAUCAAAAACUACGGAAAGAUUUUGUUGAGUCAGCUACGACUAGUAAUGAACCGGGAAGUAAAGGACCCGAAAAAUUGGUUAGCAUUGUGGGUCUUGGAGAUGGUAAAGUAAGUUUGCCAAAUCGUAAAAAUUUGAAAAAGGAAGAUCUUGAUAAGUAUGAGAAAAAAUUAUUGGGGUGUGUGGUAGAUCCAGAAAAUAUACAUAUAGGAUUCACUGAUAUACAUGUGGCUCAAUCAACUGUUCAGACUCUUCAAACAUUAAUCACUUUACCUUUAAUGCGACCACAAUCAUUUUCUUAUGGUGUUUUACGUAAACAUUUCAUCUCUGGGGUGUUAUUGUUUGGUCCACCAGGAACUGGUAAAACUAUGUUGGCGAAGGCAGUGGCAAAAGAAAGCGGUAGCACAGUGAUUGAGAUCAAAUCCAGUGAUGUGUACGAUAUGUAUGUUGGUGAAGAUGAACUUGAUGCAAUCUUUGGUUCCAGACGUUCAGAUAUACAUAAUGGAGCACAUCGAGAGAUCAUCAAUCAAUUUAUGGCCGAAUGGGAUGGAUUAACAUCUAAAAAUGAAGGAGUAUUGAUUAUGGGGGCGACUAACCGUCCAUUUGACUUAGAUGAUGCAAUUUUAAGGAGAAUGCCAAGACGAAUAUUAGUUGAUUUGCCCAAUGAAAAGGAUCGAGAACAAAUUCUUCACUUACAUCUUCGUGAUGAAAAGCUUGAACCGGUAAUAAAUUUAUCAGAAGUAGCCAAAAUAACUAAACUUUAUUCUGGAUCAGAUUUGAAGAACUUAUGUAUAAGUGCCGCACUCGCAGCAGUUAGAGAAGAUGCAGAAAAAGAGACAACAAAUGAUGGUGGGAAAAGUACGAUUGUUAAAGGAAUUGUGAAAAAUAAUGUUGAUAAACCUCCAUUAGUUAGAGUUUUGAAAAAACAUCAUUUUGAACUAGCACUCAAACAGGUGACACCAUCUUGCUCUGAAGAUAUGACAAGUUUGACAGAAUUAAGGAAAUGGGAUGGAUUGUAUGGAGAUGGAGCGUGGACUAGAAAAAAGCGUGUAAAAGGAAUAGGAUUUGAUGGUGAUACUGGUGAUACCCCAGUGUUAACAUUUUAA